GGCGCCCAAGAUCAUUAUUAUUCCUAUUCCGCAUAAUGGCCCAAUUCGAAAAGGAAAUCGUGCAAGCAGUUCUGAUUGCCGACAACAAUGUGUGGAACUUCAAGCCGCUGUCCGAUGAUAACUCUACGGCCCUGCUGCCGCUGGUGAAUGUAAGCAUGCUGGACUAUGCGCUGAUUGCUCUAAACCGCAGCGGUGUGGAAGAGGUGUUCGUCUAUGCCAGUCUUUUCUUGCAAAAUAUACGGGACUACAUCAAACAAGGAAUUGAAACAUACGCCUCCUGGUCCUUCAAAAUGAAAGUGCAGGUGAUUGGCGGCGAGGGCUGUCGUUGCUUUGGCGAUGCUAUGCGUGAUUUGGAUGCCAAGGCGCUCAUACGUGGCAACUUUAUACUGUUGGGCGCAGAUACAGUAACCAAUGCCGAUCUGCGUCCAGUUUUGGAGCAACACAAGCGUACUGCCAAAUUUGACAAGGGUGCGGCUGCCACGCUUGUCUUCAAACAGUGCAGUAAUAAUUUGCGGACCGGCAACGAGCUCCUAAUCGCAUUGGACAAUCGAAACGAUCGCUUGCAUUAUCAUCAGCGUUUGCGCAUGAACCAGAGAGAGACGCGUUUCCCCAUUCCGCUGGACAUUUUCUUGAACAACUCUAGCGUGGCGCUGCACCACAACCUGCUGGAUCCACAAAUUGCCAUCGGUUCGCCCUCCAUGCUGUCGCUCUUCAGCGAUAACUUUGACUUUCAAACCCGCGAUGACUUCAUUCGCGGUCUUCUAAUUAACGAGGAGCUGCUGGACAGCCGCAUCUAUGUCGCCCUAUUACCGCCCACGCAGUACGCGCACAAGGUAAACAACUGGCUAUCCUAUCAGCUGGUUAGUCGGGACAUCAUCAAUCGCUGGGCCUAUCCGCUGGUGCCGGACAUGGGCGUCUACAAGUUGCAGCAGGAAUAUGUUUUCCACAAGGACAACAUCUACAAAAGCCAUGAUGCGCAUGUUCCGAAGGUGGCGCUCCGUGAAAAUGUUGUGGUGCAGACGGGCAGCCAUGUGGGCACCGGCACCGUAAUCAGCAACAGUGUAUUGGGCGCUAACUGCCGCAUCGGCAAGAACUGUGAACUCAGUAAUGUGUUCCUCAUGGCUGAUGUGACGAUACUCGACGGCUGCCAAUUGGAAUUCUGUGUUGUGGGCACCGGGGCGACUAUUAACGAGAACUGUAUAAUCAAGUCUGGAGCUGUAAUCGGCAACAAGUGUGUGCUGCCCGCUAAAACGCAGCUGGCGAAAAAACUAGUCUCUGCCGUGAAGCCCAGUCAGGAGUACGUAUUGGAGACAAUCGGUCCCCAUGCCUAUAUCAUUAGUGAUUCUGCAACCGAUGAUCCUGGAGACUCGGACAAUGAAGACCUACUGCCACAACAGACGCAAUGCAUACCAAAAAUGGGGGAUUUGCCAUCACAUUUGCAGCCUGAAGACAGCGACUACAGCUCUAGUAGCGAGGAGGACGGCUCCCGAGCACCAACACCACUACCUGAUGACACAAACAUAUUCCUGUCGGAGGUCGUCGAUUCGCUGACGCGCGGCUUUCGCGAGAAAUCCAACCCCGACUUUCUCAUACUCGAGAUAAAUUCGUCGCGCUAUGCCUACAACAUGUCCCUCAAGGAGGUCAACUUUAAUGUGGUCAAAGCAGUCUUCGGCAUGCAAAGCAUACGCGAGCCUGCUAAUAACAAUGUCCUCGGGGCCAUCAAUGCGGCGUUCAAACAACUCGGAACCGUUGUAUCUAACUACAUUAAAAGCCCAGACGCUAUGCUAGAUUGCCUGAAAGCUUUAGAGGAUGUGUGCGAAGAGAACGAUUUGGUGCGCGAGAAAAUCUCUCAGGUGGUGCAUUAUCUGUACGACAAAGACUUUGUAACGGAGAGCGCCAUACUCGCCUGGUACAAUCAGCUCGAUGACGAGGAGCAUGCAACGCUAAAGCAAAGUCUGACGAAGCUAGUCGACUGGCUGAAUCAAUCUAGUGAGGACGACGACGAAGAGGACGAUGAAAGCGAGUAACAACCUAAACUACAUUUUUUAAGCUGAAAAUAGUUAAAUUAAAAUCAAUGGAA